UCCGAAUGCCUAUAUAAACACAACCCACCCACUGCUAUCUCUCAUGCACUUCGCAUCUUAUUUUACUCUAAAACAACACUUCUUGUGUUCUUGUUCUGUGCUAAACCUAGUACUGUGUGUCAUUACAAUAUUAAUUUCUUGAUCUCCUCCUCAAGAAUUGCAUUUCACUGUCAAAUUAAUACAAAAAAUGUCGAGCCGAAGAUCAAGAUCAAGGCCAUCAGGAUCUUCAAGAAUCAGCGAAGAUCAAAUCAAUGAGCUUGUUUCUAAGUUGCAGCAGCUUCUUCCCGAGAUACAAACUAGGCGCUCAGACAAGACGUCAGCAGCAAAAAUCUUGCAGGAAACAUGCAACUACAUUAGAAGCUUACAUAAAGAGGUGGAUGGCUUAAGUGAGCGGCUGUCUGAAUUGUUGGAAACGUCAGACACCACCCAAGCAGCAUUAAUCAGAAGUUUACUUAUGCAAUAGAAUUGGUUUCUGUUUUUCCCUUAUUAUAUCCCCUCCCUUUUUUGCAAUUCUGCUCUUGUUUCCAGGGAUUCCCUCACUAGACAUCUCUGACUAGUGUUUUUAAAUGCUUUGUUUAGUUGAGAAAUCAACUUGUUUUGAGCAGUUAAGAAUUUUCCUUUUGCCUACAUCGUGUUUCAUUCAUGAAGUUCAGCAAAUUUACUUUUAAGUUGUUUA